CCUUCCUCCUCUCCAUUUUCUCUAUUUAAACCACUUUUGUCCCUAAAAACCACCAUCAAGUUCAAACCCGCCACCACCACAAGUCUUCCAAACUUCUUCAAAGUCUCUUCCAAUUUCAAUCACUCCCACUCUCUCAGUCUCAACCGCUUUAAGAAUUUAGUCGAUAACUAUCUAGUUUUCAGUUUCAAAUAUUCCUUGUUUUCUGCAUGGACAUGGAAGCCAAGGCGAUUCCAACAAGGACGAGGAGUUCUAGUUCGAAGGUUCGGCCAUGGGGACGGUGUUCGAAGCAGAUACGAGAGCAGCGGGCGCGGCUUUACAUCAUAUGGAGAUGUAGUGUGAUGCUCUUAUGCUGGCAUGAGUAAUUAAGAGGUUAAUUAUAAUCAUAAUUAGCACUGGUUGGCCAAGUUUGAGAUUACUCAGUAUUAGGGUGACUAAUUAACCAUAGGGGUAUUGUGGUUUUCUCUGUAUAAUAAUUAGGCAAAGGUGACCACUUUUUGGAUAGAUGGUAGGUUUAAUUAGUAUGUAGACAAUUAAAGCUCCAAAUGUCUUGAUGAACAGAAAUUUUUAGGAUGCUCGGAAUACAAGAUGGUACACUAUAUGUUAUUAUAUAAGUAGAGAAAAGUUUUAUUUUUCAAGUGUCUUUCUACUUAUAUAAUGACAUGUGUUGUAACACUUCGUGUUCCGAACACACUGAAAAAAUCUCUCAUAUUUGACAUUGUAAAUAUAUGAUAGUUUAAUGUACUCUUAUUUUCUUAGUUUGUUGAUAGUAAUGAUCAUUCUAUA